AAGCGAAAGAGGACCAGUGACGGUGACGCAGCCUCCGACAAUGCCGCCUCAGCUGCUGCUCGGCCCCGGGGCUGUGAGGGCUACGAGGGCUCUUUUCAGCUCGCCAGUCCAGGUCGCCCCGAUGCGGCUUAUACGCAUACACACGCUCAUACGAGCACACUGUCCUCGCCCACGGGCUCUGCUUCGGCUGCCACCAGAGCAACACCUCCCGUGGCGGUGGCGGUCCUACCAGGCCCCGGACACGUACCGGUACAUGUGCCAGCAGCCGGUCUGCAAACACGACCCCAGGCCUAUCAAGAUUAUCAGCUGCAUAGCACAGGCAGCGGUCCAUCAGGCCGAGAUGGCGGCCAAGAUCGCUCUGCUCAGCCUGUCUUUGGCCAAGACCACGGUGCCAUGCCGAUCGCUGGCUCUGAAGCUCCGACAGCCUACAGCCCUCGCUCCACCGCGGUGCCGCCGGUCUCGACUUAUAACCAACAAUAUCAACAAUCCCCGUGGUUUGUCCUGGCUCCGCCUGGCGAUGCCAUCGCCCAGUCUCCCUUUCAGCCAGUCCCAUCGAGCUCGUCGUCUCAGGCUGUACCACUGCAAUCGAUUCACAUGAAUGGUGCCGUGUAUCCGCCACCUUUCAACGCAGUCUCACCGCAUCAAUUGAGUCUGCCGGGACAGGAGAGCGUCAUAGCCGAUGCCAACCUCGGGACGCCUUAUCCACCCGUCCAAGCGUUUCAGCCACAUCCCUUUGGUCUGAAUCAACAUCUGGUCUCGGGCGAGGCAGGUAUUCCGCUUCAUCCCCAUCAUCAGCAUCAGCAGCAUCAUCUACAGUUAUCCUUUCAGGUGCCGAAUCCUUUAGUGUACUCACCCUACAACGACCCACGGUUGAGACACCACGUCUUUGUGGAUAACAGGCCACACCUCGGAUAUCCCCAACCGUCGUCCGGGCAAAUGGGUGGAGGACCUCAAUACCCCGAGAGUCGCCAACAGGCUCCCUCAGAUGGCUAUCUUGUCCAGCAGCCUACUGUCCCGUUUUCAUCUGCUCCUAUGUCUCCGGGCAGCGCUGCCGCCUCCCAUUAUGCUGGCUCUGUGACGGAAACCGGCGAGUUGGAUGCUCAAGGCCAUGGCGGUUCCUUGUACGGGCAGUCUACGGACUUGACUGGGAAUGACGAGCUUGAUCUCGACGAAGAGCCUCGGGACGAUGGCGAGAGUGUGUGUGACUACGGCAUGGAUAACGACGAGGAAACAUCUGACGCUAUGGAUGCCGAUCUCGAUGUUCAUGAUGCCUCGCCAGCAAGCGCGGUGCAGCAAGAGUCUUCUUCAGCGACGGCAGAGGAGGAUGCAGCAUCCUCUUCGGCCUCAAACAAGCCAAGGCGAAGCCCGCUCAGCCCCAAUCACCGAAAGCAGACGGCAGAGACGAGAAAACUUAAGGCGUGUACACGAUGUCGGAUGCAAAAGAUGCGGUGCGACCCUGACCCGGCAGACCCAACGGGAGACUGUGUUGGAUGCAAGACAUUCUCCAAAACGUCAAAGAAGACGAUCCAUCGAAUGCCGUGCUAUCGCGGAAAGAUUACGGAUGCCGUCUUGUUCCGCAGCGGAGGACUUGAGUUGACCAAACGCUGGAAGGGCACGGAGAUGAAGGAUGUCACGGACCGAAUCAACCCCAAGGACAUUCGCACGAUCAAGUUUACUCUGGGCAUAUGCGACGAACCCAUCACGGUCGAGGUUGUUGCAUUUCAGCCGCAAUCUGGGGACGUGACUGCGAGAUUCUGGAUGGUGCCGGACGGCGAGCAGGGAGUGCGCAAGAAGAAGGAUUUGGCGCACUUUUGCUUGCACAACAUUCAGAAGACAGCAAUUUAUUUUGAGGACUACAUCAAGAAGAACGCGGUAGACGUGAUGAAGAGGGAGCGAGCGGGCGGAAAGGCAGGUCCUCGAGACAUUCUCGAGAGAACGUACCACUACAUCAUCAAGCGCUACCAAGACCUUGCGGGCAAGCCCGCAUGUACCGGAGCGGAAGAGAGAGAGCUCAAGUUCUUGGGCAAUAUGAUCACUUUCUGGUUUGCCAUGCGCCACUCAACCGGAUCCUCGUGGCUCCUCGGCCAGGAACUGCUAGGAAUGAAGCCCGAGACGAGGGACGACACUUAUCCUCUGUUUGGCAAAGUCUCGGUGCCUCGCAUGAUCCUGGCGCAGUUUGACAGCAUCAACCACACGCGGCUCCUCAGCAAGUACGGCAAGCUGGUGCUAAGCGAGCUGGAAUCUCUCAUGUCGCGAAGCCAGCCACAGCAUUUCUUCGCCGUUUAUGCUUGCAUGUUUAUGCUGCUCCGGGAAGCGAGUUGGAUCAGCGAGGACCGCUAUCGUCACGCGCGUAACAAUCACGGCCGGAGUCUCCGCUAUUCAAUCCCGGCAUUUGUAGAGAGCCUGCAUGAAAGCUGCAACAACCUCCUCCAGCACUGGCACUAUUUCAACUGCAAGGCCUGGCCACUUUCGACUGAGGCAGCUGAGAGAUACAAAGGCCCUCUGGCCGAAGUCUCGUCGGAGGAGUUUGAUCUCCUGAUGCAGGCUUAUGCAGAUCGCGCCGUGCAGGGGCAACUGGAUAUUUGGAGACGCUACAAGGCAGACAAUGGAUAUGUGAGUAAGCCCGCUCCAAACAACGUUGGAGGAAGGCCGUACGAGGGACGCCAGGUCUUUUACGACUGGGACCAUCCCUACUACUGGGUUGCGCAGUUGUUUGAGGAAGACUGGCACCCGCAUGCGACGUACAAGAGGGAGUACAUUGACUAA